AUGGAAUUGCCACGAGAAGUUAUAAAAUGGUUGCAAUACUUAAAUCUGUCGUAUUCUUUUAAAAGCAUUAAAAAUGCAAGCAAUGGAAUAAUAGUCUCAGAAAUUAUAAACACAUAUAUUCCACAAACCAUCAAUAUGAAUAGUUUGGAAAAUGGCUUUGGAAAAGAUAUAAAAAGAAAAAAUUGGCAAAUCAUAAAAAAAGUGUUAACAAGUUUAAGUAUUUCUUUCGACGAAAUAUCUAUAAUUAAUUCUGACAAAAAUGCCAUAACAAAUUUAUUUGUCAACUUGUAUGAAUAUUUCAACGAAAAAAAAAUAAAAAAUGAUCUCUACAGUGCUAAAGGAGAAAAUAAUGAACUGACUGUUCCAUCAUUUGCCAGAUCUACAAUAACUCAGAAAAUCCGAGAAAGCAAUGUUCACGACAUAAUCGACGAAGAGAAAAAAAUGUUAAGCACCUACGAAAUAAUAAAAGGAGAAGAAUAUAAACAUACAAUGAUGAGAACGAGAAAAAAGGAAGAAGAGGAAAACAAGGACAAAAUUAAACACAUGAGCAAAAAAACGGGAUUAAAUAAGACGUCCCUUUUUGAUGGGUUAGAAAAAAGCAGUAGUAUCAUAACCAUAAAUGACACAAGCAGCUACAUGGAUUAUACAGAUAUCAAAACGCUAGAUUCAUUCAUCAAAGACAAAAAUAAUUUAACAUCGGUAGAGUUUAUGAAAAACACAAAUGUGGAUAACGAAAGUGAAUGCCAUAAAAUUCACAAUACAGGUUAUACAGAUGAAAACAUGGAAGAUAUCAUAGCCAAUGUAUUAAAAGAAAAUAUAUCUCAUUAUGUGGUUGAAAAAGAAAAUAAAAGCUUAAUUGCAUGCUCGGCUAAUAUGGUGAAGGAAUUUUAUAAAUUUCCAAAAUUUGAACUAUGUGAUGAGAAUAAUGUAAAUAAUCUGUAUGAAAAAUUUUUCGUCGUGUGUUCCUUAAAAAGACAUGAAUUAAUAGACAAAAUACUGAAUAGACUGAAACUUUUUAAUGAAAACUUCUACUUAAUCUUGUCCUUGAGAGGGUAUCACACAAAAUGCGACUCUCAAGUCUUUACCUCAAUUAUGAAUUAUUUGAAGCAGCUCCUAACUUAUUUGAGAAUAAAAAGCACAACAAGUGAAGUGAUUUGCAACACAAUAUUAAAAGGUCUUUUCUCAUUAGACAAUGACGAAAAUAAGGAUAUCAGAUGUUUUUGCGAAUUAAUUGUUUUGUUAAUAAAUAACGAUGGACAUACCUUAAUGAAUAUUUUGAGAAUGAUUAAGAACACCAUGUCAUCCAACUUUUUUUAUCAUUUUUUGUUAACCCUGUUAAACAGUUCGACGAAUUCGUUUAUAUAUCAAAAAGGCGUUAAAGACAUUUAUCUUUACUACUUAUUCACUGGAUUACAUACAAAUAAAGAGAACAUUAUGUUGAAGAGCCUUGACAUGUUGAAUACACUAAGCCUGUUAGAGGGCUAUGAAGAGAUAAUUCAUCUAUCUGGUCUACUGGAAAACAUUCUAGAAAUAAAUAACAUAAAUUACAACACCUUUUUGUUUGUCAUUAGUUGUAAUAUCUUAUUCAAAAUGAAAGAGAAUCAGAUGGAAGGAUCAUACAACACAGAAAUAAAACAAUUCAUAACAAUUUGUUCAAGGGUCUUAACACACACCAAAACGAAGAAAUUAUUAUAUUUUUUUUUUCUGUGUUCUCACAAGAUACUAAGCAUGGAUGAUGAAUUUUUUGAUCUUUAUUUGAAGCGAUACAAUGAAUUAAGCGACGAAGAACAAAAAAUGAUCAUUAGGAACGAAGUUUUUGAUGGGUCACUUAAAAAAAUGUUCAAUUAUAAAAUGAUAAACAAGUAUUUCUCGAACAUCUUUAGCAAAAAUUUAAAUUUCUUAAAUGAAAAAAAGAAUAUGGAAUUUUUUGGAUAUUUGGAAAUAUAUGAAAAGAUUUAUGAAUAUGUCAUAGAAACUGUGUUUUUGGAAAGUUCUCCUGAUUUUGAGUUAUCCAAGGAAAUAUUAAGUUUUUUUUGGCUUUCAUCAGAUGAUGAAUUAAAGGUUCAAUCUUUCAAGAUUUCCUUGAGUCACUUUGAAAAUUUACUCUCAUUGAAUAAGCAUAACUUAGGUCUUCACACAAAAGAAUAUCUUGAAAAGACUUUUGUUUUUCUUUUUUUUUUUUUUUAUAAAAUGACUGAAGAUAACAAAAAGAUAGGAACAUAA